UUUGCGCCGUCAUACCGCUCCGGUGCUCCAGUCGCGGCCCUUCGCCUUUGUCACCGUUAUCGAAACAUGCCGCUCCGACCGCCGACAGCGAAUUCGAGAAGACGAUCCAGCAAUCCUUGAGCCCGUCAAGGGUCUAUGACCUCUCUCUGCGACCAUGGACGGGCCCGCAGUUGUUGUGUCCGACGACCAGCUCGACCCUCCGUUGCGAAUCUUUGAGCGACUCCGCCAGAUCGCCGGAUACACCUGGGACGAGUCCCUCCCGCCCUUUCAUUCGAGCUAUGAUAACUGGCAUUUCUUCGGCACCCGAUUCGUGUCGCCAUACCCUUCUACAACAGGAACAACCACGACCGUUCUAUCCCCCCCAGCGGCGUAUCACCCCGCGAGCCCGCCUUCCUUGGCAAAGAUCAGUUCCACUCAUUGGGCUCAUCCUGGCGAAGCCACUCCGAGUCUCUCCACCCCGCGCAGCGAGGUGGGCUCUGAUCAUUCUCCGGGGGCCGCAUCGCCUGCACCCGCCACCGCCGCGACCAGCGAUGCCUCGUUCGAGGAGGAAUCCGUCGUCGCCAGGGUCUCGCUCCACGUCCUCCGCGAGGAAAGGGGCUUUCACAUUGCCAAGAGCCUGAUCUCCACUACGGAUGUCCAGGGAGAGCACCUUGUGAAGCCCAUCGACCUCAUCCGGCUCGCCCCAUUACCCGGAGACCGGGGCUCCAUCAUCGUAGCCAUAUACCAGCAUGCCGGGCCCAACUAUAUCCCCAAGGUGCUGGAUCUCGGCCCGGCCUUCUAUUACGCGCGGAAGGUCGAUGACAGGUGGGAGGCUAGCCGAAGAGAAACCUUUCGGCUCGGGCCCGCCAUCAGCCUUCAACAUUUCCUCGAUUUCGCUAUCGGCGCCAGUCAGUGCUUAGAGGUGAUACACCAUGGCCAGGGCAUCGUCCAUGCCGAGAUACGCGGGGACGCCUUUCACUUCAACGUCGAUACGAGCGAGGUCAAGUUCGUCUCUUUCGGCUCCGGCUUGCGAUCACUUGAGCACGGACUCACCAGCACGGGGUGGUUGGCGCUUUCCAAGGAACUGGGCGCGAAGAACAAGCUGCUGUAUAUCAGUCCGGAGCAGACUGGCCGAAUGCCCGCCGAACCAGAUACCCGCACCGACAUCUACUCGCUCGGCGUCCUGUUCUGGACCCUCCUGACCCAGCAGCCCGUGUUCGAAGGUGAGUCGCCCCUGGACAUCGUCCAAGGUGUCCUCGGGCGCCGAAUACCCUCCGUCUCCGCCAUCCGCAUGGAUGUUCCCGACGUGAUAGGGCGGAUAAUUCAGAAAUGCACAUCCAAGAAUGUCAACGAGCGGUAUCAUUCGGCAAGCGGUUUGCGCUAUGACUUGGUCAAAGUCCAGCAGUUUCUCGCCGACGGUGACUAUCUGGCGCUGAAGGAAUGGCAAAUCGCCUCGAGGGACAUCUCUUCGUUCUUCAUGCUGCCGACCAUGAUGAUCGGCCGCGACAAGGAGACGGCCGAUUUGCUGAGGGUCAUCGAGAGGCUUGCGAAGAGCCAUGCUGUCAAUCAGAAGGGGCUCCCUAACCGGUACUCGGAUGGCUCGAGCAUGUCAAACGAGUUGCUUGACGGUGCCGAGCUCUCAAGCGAGGGCGCGAGCUCGACUGAGGGUGCCAACCGGGGAAGCGGGUCGUUCACUCCCAGCGUCUCCGCUGAUCCCAAGUUGAGGGGCAACCUCAACCCUCCAUUCGCCUUCGCGCCCGAUUCGGCCACUAUAUCGGGCGACACGGUAUCUUCUUCCGGCAACUCCACCGCACCGGGCACAAUUCGCCUGCGACACUGGGAGCGACAUCAGUCGGUGUCCUUGGAGACCAGGAGCGUGGCCGACAGUUUUGGGCUGGACACGGCGCGGCAUAGCACGGCAGCCGACUCCUCAUCAAGCCUAUCAAGGCAGCUUGGGUCGGCCAAGUUCCGCCGGCGUGGCCACUGCGAGAUUGUGGCCAUCGAAGGAGCGGGCGGCCUUGGAAAGAGCUGUCUUGUCCAGUCGGUGCUCCCGGAGGCCCGUAGGAGAGGCUAUUGCGCGACGGCCAAGUUUGACAACGCCAGGAGGACGGCCUACGGUCCGCUGCUGAAUCUCCUCUCUUCCUUGUUCCGGCAAGUGUGGGGCGAACGGAACACCGAGACCCCUUUCCACCAGACGUUGAAGCAAUACGUCCGCCCCGUGUGGCCGAUGCUGCACAAGGUCCUGGGUCUCCCUGAAUUCUUGCUCGGCUCUGUAGACCCGUCGAUGGCCAGGUCCCCCUCCAGCACUGCCCAAGACUCUAGCCGUACCAAGAGCGUCCGGACUGCCAUCAAAAGGCGUGGCUCGUCGCCGGAAAGCUCGCCUGGCCCCUCCCUAAUGCGAACGGCAGACGUAUCCGCUCAGAGCCCCCAGGAUUUCCUCCGGACAGGUUCGUCGACCAAGUCUAUCCGUCUCAUGAACACAUUCCUCGACGUCCUCAGGAUGUUCACCCAUCACAAGUUCAUCUGCUUUUGUUUGGACGACCUCCACUUCGCCGAUGACGAGUCUCUAGAAUUAAUCACCCAGAUCAUUGGAGCAAGGAUGAGGAUGGUCAUCAUCAUCACCUACCGGCCCGAGGAAUUUCCCGCAGAGAAGGUCCAGAGGCUGAUGACCCCCCCAGAGUCGGAAGAAUUCCCCCAGGUCGGGGGCCCGACAAUCACCAAGAUAACUCUCUCCCCGCUAAGCGAGGAGAAUAUCGUUCAGUAUGUGUCUGCGACGCUCUGCAGGCCAAAAGAGGAGGUCCUGCCCCUGGCUCUAGGCAUCCAAUCCAAGACGGCUGGCAAUCCGUUUUAUAUGAGAGAGAUGCUCAACGCGUGCUACCGGAAGAAGUGUGUAUGGUAUGACUACAAGGACAGCCAAUGGCGCUACGAUCUGGACAGGCUUUUCGAGCAGUUUCAGAGCGAACAGAACUACGAUGUCCUCGACACGGCCUUCAUAACCCGUCGGCUGAGCGAGCUGCCCCCUGCUUCAAGGUCGAUACUUGCCUGGGCUGCUUUACUCGGGCAGACAUUCUCUUUCGACUUCAUAUGCAAAUUGAUGAAUGGGGGGUUCUACGACGUUGAUGAGCUCUGCCCAGAGCCGAAUGGCGAGCAGUACCACAAGACCUAUUCGCAGCAAGACGCCGUCGCGGGGCUCCAAGCCGCGAUACAAGCAUACAUCAUCGUCCCAAGCGAGAGGGACGACCGGUUCCGGUUUGCCCACGACCGGUACAUCCAGGCAGCAGCUGCACUAGAGGAAUGCAACUCACGAAAGAUGCAUUUCGUUAUUGCUCAGACCCUUCUCAAGCACUAUUCUUCGACUGCCAAGUCAAAGGACAGCACUGCCUCGCACAUCUGCGAAGCCGCCGACCUCAUCAAGACGGGGGUUUCACACCGGCUACCAUAUCGGAAGCUCCUGUUUGAGUGUGCAGAAGUCGCUACCGAGAGCGGCGCAAGGCCUACCGCGGCCAAGUACUACAGCAACGCCAUCGCCCUUCUCCAGUCCGAUCCCUGGAUCGACGAUGCCGAGGAUGUAUCUUACAACGAGACCGUCCAGCUACACCUACGGGCUGCCGAGUGCUACCUGUACAUGGGCCACCACGGCGUCGCCAGUGUUCUGCUGCAGGCCAUCUUCGCCGGCGCGAGGACUGCGCUGGACAAGGCCGCGGCGUGGGUCUUGCAGUCCCGGAUACAUGCCCAAGGCGGAGAUUCCAAGCAGGCGCUAGAGACCCUGAAGCAGUGCUUGGGAGCUCUGGGUGUCGACCUCGACGAAGAACCUACCUAUGAGAAGUGCGAUGCCGAAUUCGAGCGUCUGUCGGUGAGGAUACGGGCCAUGGAUCGCAGGACCCUCGUGGACCCUCCCGAGAGGGAUCGAGACGGCCUGGUCUCCUUGGGUGCGGUUUUAGCCGAGACCGUCAGCGCCAGUUGGUGGAGUGAUCGUCUCCACUGCUACAGCCUUUCGCUCUUCAUGCUCAACACCCAUCUGGACCGCGGGGCCUUCCCGCAAUCCGGGAUGGCGUUCCUCCACGUGGCCAUGAUUGCGCUAUCUCGAUUCAACAUGAUCCAGUUCGCCAUGGACCUCUCAGCAGUGUGCUUGGAGCUACUGGAUAAAUAUCGCGACCCGUUCUCAAUGGCAAGGGGUUACAUGAUCUUUGCCAACUUCGUGAGCCACGUCCAGUACCCGAUCGGAGUCACUCUCAGCCAACUAGAGGGCACGGUCGAGUGCUCUGCGGCUGCUGGCGACCGGAUCUCGGCCAUUCUGAGUUAUGGGUUGUGCGCUCAGCUGAGGUUCUUCGCGAGCGAGAACUGCGCCGACCUUGAAGCGUUCUGCCGAUACGGUUGCGAGGAGAUCCAGAACUGGCAGCUGGACACUAGAGGCGGGACAAUGCUCAUCGCUGUGAGACAGACUUGCAGAGCCCUACAGGGGAAGACUCGAACAUCAAGCCCGCUCGAGGUUCUAAGUGACGAGCAGCACAACGCCCUCACUUACAAGGGCUGGCUGGGGUCCCACACCAAUAACGGCGGCCGAUCACUGCUCUUCUACGAGACGAUGGAGCUCGUGGCCCUUUUCGUCUACGGGCACUACGAACGGGCCAUCGAGAUCGGCAAGGCCUGCUGCGAGAACUCUGUUCUCAUAUGGUCGGCUCGUAACACGAGACUGGCCAUGUUGGUGUACGGUCUAUCGCUGGCAGGCGUGCAACUCCUUCGCGAGCAGCAACGCCCACAGCCCUUGACUGGCGACUCUGAAUCCGAGGUUGAAGAGACUGUGCGGCAGGUCAACGACAUCAACAAGAGCAUCAAGGCCUGGCAGGACUUCACCAAUGUCAACUACCUAGCUUGGUCGAAGCUCCUCGACGCCCAGGUCGCAGAUCUGUUGGGCGAUCACGGCACUACCAUCCGCCACUAUGAGGAAGCUUUAGACCAUGCUUCAGAACACAAUUUCAUCUUCGAGGAGGCUCUGGGGAACUAUUUAAUGGCAAACUUCUUUAUUCGACGUUCAGCGACCCGUUCAGCGCGGUCAGCCCUCAGAGGUGCCGUUAGUCUCUAUCGCCAACUCGGCGCCAUCGGCGUCGCUGACCGUAUCGAGGCCGAGCAUACCCAUCUGCUUCAUGCUCCAACUAGGUAUCACCGAACCGCCGAUGCCGGGGUACAGACCGACUUUGCCGGAGAUGCGGCCUCGGUCCAGUUCCCGAACGUCGACGGCGGAGAGACUGAGGACCAGGCGGAAGACACUCAAGCCGGCAUCGCAGAGCUCAAGGGAGAGCGACUCGGGACGUGGAGAGGCUCGAUGCAGACAGAAGUUGGUGCGGGGCUUCCUGCCCUCGAUAUGAUUGAUCUGCACGCCAUCCUCGUGUCCUCCCAAGUCAUAUCGUCUGUCUUGAGGGUGGACGAGUUGCUCAAGACCAUGUGCGACGUCAUCCUGCAGACGUGUGGAGGCUCGGCUACGCUGGCCGCCAUCGUCGUCCAGGAAGACGGUUCGCCUGACUGGUGCGUUGCUGCCAGCGGCGAUCCGGAACGUGGAGCCGAGGCGCACAUGCCGGGCAUCCCCCUGAGCGGAACCCACCUCGUGGCCGAAAAUGUCAUACUCUACUGUACGCGCUUCCGCGAAGUCGUGUUCCUUCGGGACCUCGUCAGCGACGAGAGAUUCGGCAACGUCAGCGAUCAAUGGCUGCAGAGAAAUCCUCUUAGCAAAGCAGUCAUCGCCAUCCCCAUCUGUCACGGGUCUACACCCCUGCUCGGGGUCCUCUACCUGGAAGGGGUUCCAGGGUCUUUUACGGACCGCAACGUCACCGUCCUGCAGCUCCUGGUCAACCAGAUCGGCAUCAGCUAUUCGAAUGCCCUCGCCAUGAAGGCGGUCGAAAAGGUUUCCGCCGAGAAUGUGUCGAUGGUCGCCCUCCAGAAGCGUGCGCUCGCAAAGGCGAUCGAGGCGGAGACAAAAGCCAAAGACGCCGAGGCCGAAGCUAAGAGGAACGUAAAGCUCGCCGAAGAGGCCGCGAAGGCAAAGGCCAUCUUCCUGGCAAAUGUUUCCCACGAGCUGCGGACUCCGCUCAAUGGUGUCAUCGGGAAUUCGGAGCUCCUUCGAGACAGCAACCUCAACAAGGAGCAGCAGGAAAUGGCGGACUCGAUCAGGGUCUCGGCGGACCUACUGCUCACCGUGAUAAACGACAUCUUGGACUUCUCGAGGAUGGAGGCGGACAAGAUGAAGCUGUACAUUAUUGCCUUCAACCCGGAGGAGAUGGUCCGGGAGGUGGUACGGGCAGUCUCGUACAGCAACCGGGAGAAGGCCUCGAAGAAGAACGUCAAGAUCAUACAGGAUAUCAACCUGCCGCCCAUGUUGAUCUACGGCGACCCCAUCCGACUCCAUCAAGUGCUCGGCAACUUGAUCGGGAACAGCCUGAAAUUUACGGAAGACGGGUCGAUCACAAUUGGGGCUCGCGUUGACUCGGAAACGAAGGAGAAGGCGACGCUGGCCUUCUGGGUCCAAGACACGGGUAUCGGCAUACCAACCCAGCAGAUGGCCAAGCUCUUCCAGCCCUUCAGCCAAGCGGACACGAGCACAGCAAGGAAAUACGGCGGCAGUGGCCUUGGCUUGAGCAUCUGCAAGUCCUUGAUUGAGACCAUGAUGAAGGGCAAGAUCCGGCUGGAAAGCCAGGAACAACAGGGAACCAAGGCCUGGUUCACGGUUACCUUCGAUAAAGCGCGGCCCGAGGUCGUGGCGGGCGAUGCCCAGACGACGCCUCCUCCCCGGUUGCCGGAACCACGGUCGCGGAUGGUAGACUCGGUCAGCCCGAAUGUCUAUACCUUCCUCAACCAGAUCCCCAAGGACCAGUUACGCAUCUGCAUCGCCGAAGAUAAUGCGAUCAAUGCCAAGAUUGCGAUGCAGUAUAUGCAAAGGCUGGGGUAUAGCCGGAUCGAUACCUAUGACAACGGCCUGAAGGCGGUUGACGGUCUUCGGACGAAGGCCAAGGAGGGACUGCCGUAUCACAUCAUUCUCAUGGACGUACAGAUGCCCGUGCUUGACGGCUACGAGGCGACAAAGCUUAUUCGGACCGACCCCAACCAGGCGGUGCGCAAUAUCCUGGUGAUUGCCAUGACGGCGUCCGCCAUCCAAGGAGACCGUGAGAAGUGCCUCGCUGCAGGCAUGAAUGACUACCUUGCCAAGCCGGUUCGCUCGGAAGUGCUGAAGAAGAAGCUGGACAGCUAUGUUGGUAUCGAUGCUCAGCACUUCCAAGAGCGAAGGACGAGCGAUCCGCCUCCCAGCUCGGUAGUCAAUCCAGACUCACCCGUCGAGACUAACGAGACGAAUGGAGUCACAUCCUCGAUGCCAGUUCGGGACGAUGCCCUGCACAGCACGCCAUCAGAGCAGCCAGCUCCUCCAUGCCGGACUUCUAGCGAUAAUCCGUUGACUGAAGAAGUGUCGACAGGCGAAACGCCGCCCUCCAAACGUCAACCAAAGAAACUGACAAAGAGCCGAGGAAACAGCAUCACGAAUGUAGAGAGGCCCAAGUCUGUUCUCCUGAAGAAGAACUCUUCGCGGCAGAGUGCAACCCUAGAUAACGACGCCGCCAGAGACAACCAGGAGGAUACGCCGCCAGUGUAGGUGAUAUAAGAGGGGGCCCGAUACGAUAUCCCACUCACCGACGAGGGCCCAAGCGGACUCAAGAGUGGGGGAGACAGACUGAUAUGCAUUUAUGUGACAAAUCAUCGAGCAUUUUAGUGAAUUGGUGAUACGGGGUUUUUCUAGCACUGCCAUUUUUGUUGAUUAUACCUGGGGGCCCCGGGAUUUCGAUUAUUUGGACAAGCGACGCUCAAAAAUAGGGGCACUGGGGUCAG